AUGAACUCGCCCAUGGGUAUUGAGGACAGCGAGGAUUCACCCCGGUCAACAUCUCGUCCUGGUUCUGCGGCGUCGCGGGAGGCCUUGGCCGUCCCGCCGUCCUAUCUCCGGUUGGACGACGAUAGCGAUACCGAUUCUGCUUACGGCGAAGACUCCCUGCUCCGAGAUGACACCAGGACGUUGGCUACGUAUAUGACCGAAUAUCGUUAUGAGUUUGGGCGACGAUAUCACGCCUUUCGGGAUGGGGCUUACUGGGGUCCCAACGAUGAUCUUGCGAAUGAGCAACAAGAAAUUGCCCACCAUAUGUAUUGCCUGACCCUUGACGCCGUCUCGAGUGUCUCACGGCCAAUUUCUAACCCGCCCCGCUUCCAGGAAAUCCUCGAUGUAGGGACAGGAACCGGACAAUGGGCCAUUGACAUGGCCGACGAAUACCCCAGUGCACGAGUCACCGGCGUGGAUCUCUCACCGAUUCAGCCAUCAUUCGUGCCACCCAACUGCACCUUCGAGAUCGACGACAUGACCCUCCCAUGGACUUAUGAUUCCCAUCGGUUCGACUUUAUUCACGUGCGCGAGUUAUUUGGCUCGAUCCCCGACUGGGAUGAGUUCUUCCAGCAAUGCCUGCGCGCGCUAAAACCUGGAGGAUACAUCGAGGUGGUGGAACACUCCGUCGAUCCGGUGGCUGAUGAUGCGACCAUGGGCCCCAACCAUUUUUUUCGCGUCUGGGGGGAGACAGUAUUACAAGCAGGGCAGCGAUUCGGGAAGAGUUUCUCAAUUUGGCAAGAAAGCGCAGAGCGGUUACGCACGACGGGAUUUGAGGAAGUUGAGGAGCAUCGGUAUCAGUGGCCAAUGAAUGGGUGGAGCGAUGAUCGCAAGCUACAUGAGUUAGGACGAUGGAACCAAUUUCGACUACAUGGCGGCCUCGAGACUUUUAUGCUCCGACUUUUAACUUCUACUUUAGAAUGGCCUUAUAGCCAAGCCCAAGUUUUUCUCGCACGAAUGCGGGUUUCCUUGCGUGACUACCGAACCCACGCCUACCUUCCUUUGACCGUGGUGACUGCCCGAAAACCUUUGUCUGCAUCCUCCCAGUCUUGA